GAUCUUGCUAAUUUUUUCCUCUUCUAGCGUGACAAAUUUUAAAUCGGAAACAAAAACAAUUUUCACAAGCGCGAUAGAGAAAAAUGUUUUAUGCUGAGCGCUUAUCUUACAAUGAACCUACCCAGUGACUCUUCUAUUCAUAAGUCGCUACCUGCCGCAACUAAACCAAACACAGGUAGCGUACACAAUUUUCAGGGGCGUUGUGCGCGGUUACGCAAUUCCGUGCAUUCAUUGCAUACUUAGUAAAAUAAAUUUUAAGGGUAUUUUCGUUACAUAAAUUUCUCGUAGGUGAUACAUUUUUUUGUGUGCAAAAGUAAUAAUCUCUGUUUGUUACGUUGAUUAUGUAGGUGACCUUCCUGCGAAGGAUAUUUAGAUAAAACAAACUAUGGAACGCAGGCAUAAAGAGACAUUCCCGUGCUAUAAAAGUCGGGUUUUAAGGUACAUUUCGUUAGUUACUUGGUGACAAGCAAUCGAAGUGUUUGCAGGAGUUUCGAAACGAUUAUUUAACUAUAAUAUAUUUCUAAAAAAAUUUACUGCUUUGUCAAUAUAUAACUUAAAAUGUUUGUUAAGCAUAAAGAAAUGCUCAUCGGUCUACUGGCAGUGGCAGUGCUAGCGGCGCAAGCGCCGGCUACCAAUGGCGCCAAAAUACUCGCCGUUUAUGCAUUUCCGGGCAAGAGUCACUACAUGAUGCAUCGUGUGCUGAUAAGCGAGCUGUUGAAGCACGGACAUGAGAUCACCAUGAUAACGGCACUAACGCUGGAACCAGAAAAACUGGGCGGCAAUUACACGGAGAUACUCAUAGAGCCGGUUUACGACUUUUGGACGGAAAUACACAGCACAUUCGGUGGCAAAACGAUCUAUGACAUGCGCAAUGAAUUGGAUAUAUUCCUCAAAAUGUCUAUGGUUCUGGGACUCUCAACGACGGAGCAUGCACUGAAACAACCGAAAAUACAAGCGAUCAUUAACGCAGAAGAAACACAGGGUGUCUAUGAUCUCUUGCUGGUCGAACAAUUCUAUCAGGAUGCAUUUUUAGCCUUGGCACAUGUCUACAAUAUUCCCGUUAUAAGUGCGGCCACAUUUGCACAACAAACAUAUAUGAGUGAAAUGUUUGGCAUUAUAACACCGUGGUCAUACGUGCCUCAUGGCUAUCUACCGCUAACGGAACAUAUGAGCUUUUUCGAGCGUGUAUAUAACACGUACACCGCAUUGCGCACGGAUCUGGAUCGUCAGUUUAGAUAUUUUCCAAAAAUGGACGUGCUGGUGCAGAAAUAUUUCGGACACUUGCCGAUAAAAUUCCCCAGCAUCUCCGAAAUGAAUAGAAAUCUCUCAGCCAUACUGAUCAACAACUAUACGCCAUUGUCGACAGCUGGACCCAGAACGGACAACAUGAUCAAUGUCGGUGGAAUGCAUAUCUACCCGCCAAAAGCAUUGCCCACCGAUAUACAGCAGUUCCUGGAUGGGGCCGAACAUGGCGCUAUCUACUUCAGUUUGGGCAGUCAAGUCCAGAGCAAAGAUAUGCCUAAAGAAAAAUUACGCUUGUUCCUCAAAGUAUUCGGUCAGCUGAAACAGCGUGUGCUGUGGAAAUUUGAAAACGAUAGUAUUCCGAAUUUACCUUCAAAUGUUAUGGUAAAGAAAUGGCUGCCACAGAAUGACAUCUUGGCCCAUCCUAAUGUGCGUGUUUUCAUUUCACACGGUGGCCUCUUUGGUUCACAGGAAGCUCUCUACCAUGCCGUGCCCGUACUUGGUUUGCCCUUUUACUGCGAUCAGCACCUUAAUUUGAAGAAAGCUGAGACCAAUGGUUAUGCCAUAAUGCUGGACUUCCACACACUCACCAGUGAGCAGUUAAAAUAUAGCCUUCAUCAACUCUUGCACAACAGCACAUAUCGCGACAAUGUAAAAAUGUUCUCGAGCAUUUUCCACGAUCGUCCCAUGGGUCCACGUGAGACUGCGCUCUACUGGAUUGAUUACGUAAUACGUCAUAAGGGCGCGCGUCAUUUGCGUGCUGCCGGCUUGGACUUGAAGUGGUACCAAUUCUAUUUGCUGGACGUGAUCGCUCUGGUCGUAGCCGCCGUCGCUGUAGCAAUUGGAGUUCUUGUUCUGUUGGUACGCUGGAUCUUGCGGCAAAUCAGCGGUGAAGAGAUCAAGCAGAAAGUAAAAUAACAUAAUUCUAUGAAUUAUUGUUGAUUUAAAAAUUAUGUGGUAACAUGUCAAUAUGUAGUUAGGGGUCAAUUUGAGUUAAAUUAAAAUAUAUAUUAUAAAAAAUUAA